AUGGCUUCCGACGCGGCUACAGAUGUGCGGCAGGCGACCCGCGAGGAGAUGCGCGAUGCUCGUCUCCCACUCGCCUACAGAGAUAGCUGCGCCCACCUUCUGAUCCCCCUCAACAAGUGCCGAAGAGAGACCUGGUAUGCUCCGUGGAAGUGCACGGUACGUUUACCCAGCCGGAAGCUGCAGCAGAUGAGCGGCGAGGGAGCAGGAAGCUCCAGGAGCAAACGAGCAAAAUCGCUAAUUCAUCCCUGCCGGGGACAUCAGGACGAGCGACACAGCUACGAGAAGUGCCAGUACGUCGAGUUCAAGAAGCGAGUUGCGAAGAUGAACGAGCUGCGGGAGUCAAAAGAGGGCGCGCGAAGCAACUAA